CUCCACUCUGGCACUGCUGGACUUGUCCAUGAACCAACUUCCAGAGUCGAUGGGGAAACUGUUGCAGCUGACGAAUCUGAAGCUGAGAGACAACAAUCUCACCGGUCGGGUUCCGCACGGUCCCCAAAUGGACAGGAUGAACGACCUGGAUUCUUACGCGAGAAAUGUCGAUGGGCUGUGCGGGCGCAAAUUCGUGUGCCCUGCAUCGAGCCGGUGACGCCGGAGGAGGCGGCAUCGACUCCCAGAGACGGAAUCGAGAGCGAGGAGGGACUCGUAUGGUUUUCUUGGAUGACGGCCGGAAUCGGGUACCCGGCUGGAUUUGUGACGACGGUCCUUGAGAUGUAUGGGUUUGGUUACUUCCACCAUCCGAUGUGGCGGCGGUGACGGAUGAGGAGCCGUGCCGCCAUCAAGUUCUGACUAGGGUGCGCAACCGUGCAAGAGCGGAGACCUAAUUAUCGGAGGUUGUGUUGAAGUAUUCAACAUUUAGCAUGUUAACAACUGAUGUUUCGAUUAUGAAAUCUUGACCAAAGUUCUCUAUGGAGGUGUAUAAUGUCAAGAUGAAGCAAAGCGAGGCCAACGUUGAGGAAGGAGCGACGGCGGAGACGAUCGCGUCAUGGUCACGGUGGCGUAGAUGGCGGAGGGGGACCGGCCCCGUGGAAAAAAGUAAACUAGACUGAAAGGAGUGGGAGUGUCGUUCUGGACUUCUGGUACUAAAUUGACCGCCAUCGGUGUUGCCGCCGCCGCCGUAGUCGUCGUGCGAGUGAGCGCCAGACGCCGCUAAGGCUCCAUAUUGGCACCUCUCUCUCUUUCCGCUUUCAAAGUUCCUCCGACUUUCAUUGAACUGAAAAAGGCCAUUGCUUUUACAGUUCCAGAGAGUGUUCGCAGAUCCUCAAAUGCGGCGUACAUUGAUGUCGCUUCCCAGCCGUCUGCUGGCGUCCGCGCGGCAGUUCUCUACCAACUCCGACAAAAUUGUAGCCUCCGUCCUCUUCGAGAGGCUGCCCGUCGUCGUUCCCAAAAUCGAUCCGGUGGUUUACGCUUUCCAGGAGUUCUCGUUUCGGUGGCAGCAGCAGUAUUCCCGCAGAUAUCCGGAUGAGUUCUUGAACAAAUCCAACUCCAGGGCGCAAGGUGAAUACCAAAUGGAGUAUGUACCAGCCCCAAGGAUCACAGAAGCUGACAAAGCAAAUGAUAGAAAGUCACUGAACAGGGCAUUGGAUAGAAGGCUUUACCUUCUUCUGUAUGGAAAGUUGCAUGGAUCUUCUGAUGACAACCCCGUCUGGCAGUUCCCACAGAAGGUGUAUGACUCCGAAGAUACAUUACGCAAGUGUGCUGAGACUGCAUUACAGUCUGUGUUAGGGGACCUCUCCCACACUUAUUUUGUGGGCAAUGCUCCUAUGGGUCACUUGGUGGUUCAGCCUGCAGAAAAGGCACCGGACCUCGGUUACAAGCAAUUCUUUUUCAAGUCCCAGGUGAUUGCGACCAACAAGUUCAAAAUCAGCAAGUGUCAGGAUUUUGUGUGGGUGACCAAGGAUGAACUGCUAGAGUUUUUCCCAGAGCAUGCUGAAUUCUUCAACAAGAUGAUUAUCAGCUAAUUCCAGUGGAUGGAUGCACCACCCGGCUUUUUAUAAUUAGAAGAAGCUCUCUUUAUUCUCAGGAAUAAUCUGGCAAGGUCUUGUAGUGAUGCGGCCUGAUUCCCUUUUUUCUUGUUUUCGGAAUAGAGAAUAGGCUCUGCUGAAACUUUGGCCUCAGCUUACUAAUGUUUGAUUCUGAAGAUUAAACCUUACUUGGAAGAAUUCUAGAGCAUUUGAUGCCCUCUUAUUCUCUAAUUCAGCAAACUGAAAAUUCAAAGGAGCGUUUGGAAGCAUGUAUUAUGCCCACUAAUUUUCAGAAUCCGUGCGUUUAUUACUUUUUUAUAUAGCAUUUCUUUUCUUUUCAA